GAUCUUCUGCGCGCUUGCAACAUUCGUAAUCGCCCUACGACUCGCCUCACGCACCCGCACCAACACCAUCCACCUCGACGACUAAGCGGCAUUCUGCUUCGAAGCAUGUCUGCCGCGCUGAAGGCUGCCAUUGCAGCUCAACGCGCGGCACUCGCAAAAGUCAAGCUUUCAGACGACGCUGCUGCUGCUGCUGCUGCUGCUUCCUCCUCCUCUUCUUCCGCAGCUCAAGAGGAAGACGAGGAUGCUCUGACCAAUACUCGAAGAGGUGGGAGCGAGAGGAGGAGAGAGCAGGAGGAGACGCAGCUUGCGCAGGCAUCUACGGAAUCGCUGCUGCUCAAGUCCACCCAGACAGGUCGCCUGAUCCUCGCUUCGCGCGCACCGCCUCUCACCGAGUUGCCGCCAUCUGCCAUUCAGCUUUUGGACGACGAUGCACCGCAGUGGUAUAGGCAACACGCGAACACUGCAGCAGGCAGGAGGCCAUGGUACGAGCGAGCCGAUCUGGUUCAGCUGAGCUUGUCCAACAAUAUCAUCAAAUCUAUUCCAAAUGCCAUCCAAGGCUUCGCUGCACUGAGCAGGCUAGACCUGCACAACAAUGCGCUCAAAAAUGUGCCCGACGCUCUGUCUGGCCUUUGCCAGCUCACUCACCUCAACCUGCGCGGCAACAACCUGUCCAUCUUUCCCACAUCCCUCUUGAUGCAUCCCACUCUGCUAGAGUUGGACCUUUCCAGCAAUCGCAUCACCACUUUGUGGGACCAGCGAGAUCUAGAAGCAAGUGUCAAGGAGUAUGAAGAGAUCAUCGCAGCCAGCGCCGAGGCUAUGGAAACUGGCGGAAUCUGGGCUGGUCUGGGCGACUCGUCCCGCUCCAGCAAAAAAUACAAGCCAGACCCGCAACGGCCACUUCCUGCCUGUCGCUUCCUCAGCCUCGGCAACAAUCGCCUCACCAAUGCGUCCCUCAGAUGGUCGUUGGUCUCGCCGGAAGGAGCGCAAGCGGAAGCGCAAACGGAGCGGCAGCAGGCCAUCAUCUGGCCUACCAAUCUAACCACGCUGGACGUGUCUGACAACUUUGUCAGAGGUCCGAUACCUCUGGCCGCGUUCGGUACCUUAUCGUCUCUGCAGCACCUCGAUUUGGGCGGCAAUGGCCUAGCAUCAGACAUUUUCGAGGCAAAUGCCCCAGAGAUAGAGGGCUCGCUGCCUACCGCGGAGCCAGCCAAGUUCUUCCCAAGCUUAACGCUUUUAUCCCUGUAUAGAUGCGAGAUGGAUGAUCUGGAGCCUCUGGAAGAAGUUUGGGGCUCACCCCGUACUAUAGCCGAGGGCGAGAAGGCCUUUCCCGCUGGAGUCGGCACACCGCAACCACGCGUCGGCAUACAGGCUCGACAGCUGGUUAGCGUCCGAUCUCGCAUUCCCGAGCGGAUACCAAAGGGUCAGCUGGCCAUCGUCUUAGAGGGCAAUCCGCUAAGGGAAGAGGCAUACAGACGGAAGAAAGCGCCUGUAUCUGGCCUACGACCAAUGGAUGCUAGACAAGGGGCAAGCGGACUUCGUUCCGUCUCAAACGAGGUGAUGCGCUCAGCGGAGGGAGGUGCUCCGGCCCCGGCCAAAAGGCAAGAUGAAAUCGAAGAGGGCGAUCGCACAGACUAUCUGGCAGAUGAAAGAUUCACGAAGGCGGCCACGGCCACCUUUGCUCCUUCAGUGGGCGAGUCAGUGCAGACUGGAACGCGCAAUUUAGACGUGCAGUUGCCUUCCGGCCGCGGCACUCGCCGGCGAGAAGUCGACCUCGACGAGUGGGGACCGCUCGGUGGGAGCACCUCCUUGCCCGCACGCGCCAAGGUAAAGGCAAAAGUCCCAGACGCAAAGGAUACGCAGGGGCACCCUAUCGUAGCUCGACAAACGGAGAGGGCGCCAGCGAAUCAGUCCGAGUGGGGGCCAUUGGGUGGUGCUGGUGCUACUGCAAGGUGUCAAGGUGCGGCAUCGGCGACUCGCCAGCGCACAGAAGAUGGACAAGCUGCUCUCAAACCGCUGCAAGAACCUUCCUACGCAGCCACGCCACCCGGCACCACUGUAAGGGGGCCUGCAACCGAGGUGUGGGAGCAAUCGUUGAGCGAAGGCGCGAAACGCAGGCUCCGGGCUCAAGCUGCGCGUGAGGCCGCGCAAGGCGGCCAGAGCGAGAGUGCGCUACCCAACCCCCAAAUUGAUUUCUCGUCACCUCAAGCAAGCGAUCGCACGCCGCCCAAGUCGGCGUCUGGCACCACAACCUUGGAAACGCAAGGGGCUGGGACACCCCGCAGCAGAGGCAAGAGGGGAGCUGCGCCGUGGGAAUCCAGCAUUCAAUUAUAGCUUGCGAAAUCAACACUUCGGAACGGAUCAUGGCGCGCAUCGCAUCCGCCGCUAGAGU